UCUGGGUACAAACCCUAAUCUCCCAUUUUUCCUGUCUCAGCCCUCCGCUUCAUUGUGCCUCCUCACUUCCUCAUCCUCACAUUCACGCACACAAUACCUCAAUCUCUAAGCCCCUUAGCCGAUCUGCAGUCUAUCAUUCCAUCUGCGUCUCAGUCCCUUGCCUCACCGGAGUCACUGCCGCCAUUCGCCACAUCGACCUCACGCUAAAGCUUCAAGCAGCCGAUCACGCACUCCGAGAUCCAUAGUCGGCCGCCAGUUCAGGCUCCAACCGUGCCCAGCCGAUCAAGCCACGGCCUCUCCUCACCCACUGCAAAUUCAACGGCUACACUUGUUUGUUCUUGAAAUAUUCAUUCUGAUUUCAAUUUUCACGAUUUUUCAUUUAUUCAAAUGUCUGCCUCUCCUCAGCUUUAGCAUCGUUUCUAAUUUUCAAUGGAAGCAGUGUCAUUUAUUCAUUUCAGGUUACUGAUUUACACCGCCGUUGCAUGCUCCGCCAACCGCCGCCGCUUCGCCCACCGUUGCUAUACUGCGAACGCCAACAUGCACUGUGCAGGGCAUGUACAAUGGAGCAGGGACUAUGAAACAACGAACUAUCAAAAGGUUUGGGAAGAGGUUAGAGCAAGACUUGGGAUCACUAGAAAGACAUGCUCAAUCAAAGGGGCUAUCAAGUGGGCAUAUAGAGAUGCACGUGGAUCUCGAAUGCAUUCAAAAAUUGGUCUAUUGGCUAUUUUAUGCUCUGUUUAUUAUAUUUGGCAAGCCAGGAAUGCAAUGAUUUUUGAGGGAAGCCAAGCUGUGGUGACAAAAACCAUAUCCAUUAUUCUUCUUCAGGUGUUCAAGAUUUUUCAUAAUCUUGCUCCAUGAUCCUGAGAUCACUCUUGAAUGUUUCUGUUAGCAGAAGGGAUCUUGGGGUGAUAUUUUUCUGCCAGUAUUGUAUUGUAUCUCUUGUUUGUGGUCUUUGUGUUUUGAAAAUUCCUAUUUGGAUGGGAGCAGAUUUGUAUUUUAGGCUCCUUUGCCUAAGUAGUUGCUUUUCAGUUUUACUCAAGGGUUAUAUUCAGAUUACAACCA